AUAGUUGGGUUGGCUUGUUUUAUGCAGGAUGCCCUUCCUGACGCAACCCUCCUCAUUUGUUCGGGCUUGGGACCAGCACUCAGAAUGUACUGGCUGCACACCCCAUGUGGCUGAGUUACCCAGAACAAUGCAUGUGCAUGAUAAAUCAAUGCCUGUGCUACACUACUAAUGUAUUUACUUGUGUAUUCCACAAAUACAGACUAGAAAGUUGAAAUAAUAAUAAUGAUCAUCAGAAGUACAGCCGAGUGACAGGGAUUUCUGUCCACUGCAAAGCAGCUAUUUGUAGCCAGUCACACUAGUAAUGUCCAAUCAGCACGUUUUGGCAUUUAACAGGGUGCAAUUCUUCCAGCAUGAAGACCAAUGAUGACCACUGUCUAGGUUAUUUUGUUAGGCCUAGGCACAAAAGAAAGCUUUCAAGAUUACUAAUCACCAUUUUAGCUUCUUCAUGUAGGGCCAAUAAUGCUUACCGUCGCCAUGUUGAAAAAUAGUCGAUUUCUGUGCCCAUAAAAUGCUUUUUUAUCAAAAACUGGCAAGUCCCCCAAAGAUUUUCCCACUGAUUUGUCUAAAAGAAGGAUUAGUUUCAACAGAAAUGCAAAGUUUAUGAUAAUUCAUUAAACGUUUUGGCCACCAGGGGCACCAAAGUUGUAUGAAAAACACAAAUUUGCCCACUUUGGCGCCGCCUGGUGGCCAACGCGUACAAUCCCCACUGAUUUUUUUGUUGUUUUAAAGAAGUUAAGUCUUGCCCUUUCUACAAUAAAAAUCUUGCUGGGGGAUUAAACACAUAUUGAGUAAUAGCCUUCACAAAUAUCAGUAUUUCUGAAAAUUCAUCAACUUGAAGUGCCCCCUAUAUUCAACGUAUUCAAUCCCCGAACCCAAAUUAGUGAUUAUUUUGAAGAACUGUCCUCCUAUAAUACUUAAAUCACAAAAGUACUUUGGGGGAUUGAAUGCAUUUCAUGUACAAGCUGUCCAAAUCUUUCCUGUUCACCAAAUUUCAGUUUAAGACCAUUUUGGGUGUGAACUUUGAUGACCCCUGGUGAGGUCACUGUAUGGAAUGUGGGCAAAAUUUUUGGUGUAUGUUUGCUUGGUGGAGGAUGCAUCCAGUUACCAAAGUGUGAGCAAAAUCUGAGUUGGUCACUAUCACAGUCCCAUGUAAACUGCCUGAUUCUUAUAAAAAUUGGUUCUUAAAUGCAGGAACGGACGAAUACUAACAAAUAAAAUGAAACUGACCAGAAAAAAACAUGAAACAUUUUGGGUUCAUGUCAUCAGCAACCAACCAGAAGUCAAAGUAAAUGCCAGGACCACUGUGGGGUUUGCACGUUUCAUAUCGUCCUGUUUCGGAUCCAGGUUCUGUCCACCCAGCUGUAAAACAGGUCCUGGCUUUGGCUGAGGGAGUAAAUGUGAAGCAUCACUGUAAAGCAUUCUGAGCAUCGGCUGGAUGGAUCGAUGGUGCUGUAAAAUUCAAAAUUCUGGGGAGAAAUCCACUGACAUGUUGAAAGAGUCAGUCAGCAGACGACGGCUAAAAACUCGCUGUGACAGACGGCCGCUCGUUUCUUCCUCAAACUAAAACCUGAACGUUUUUCUCCUCACAGGGAUCCGAACAGUUCGCCGUGUUCACGUGACGUUUACAAACAUCUGGGCUGAGAGGACGUGUCAGGUCAAAGGUCACACUGACGGCCCGGUGAUAAGAGGGCGCCAGCACUCGGGAGAAGGUCGAGUCCUUCAGAUCAGCAGAUCUCUAUCACAGAAUCAGAGUUACACAUUAAACGGGGUGGAGCCACAGGUGAGCUGCCAACACUCCGGUGAGGCGCUCGGUCGUCUUUGUGAAGGCAAACAUGAGGCUGCAGCUGGUUCUAUUCCUCACCGCAGUGACCUGCACCGCCGGGAGGCCACUGAGCAAGGCAGCGCGGAACGGCAACAAACUGCUUCUCAUCUCCUUUGACGGCUUCAGGUGGGACUAUGACCAGGACGUCGACACGCCGCACCUGGACCAGCUGACCAAGGAUGGCGUCAAGGCCAAAUACAUCACCCCCCCAAUGCUGACCAUGACCUCGCCGUCCCACUUCACCACCAUCACCGGUAGAUGGGUCGAGGAUCACGGCGUCGUCCACAACAUCAUGUUCAACACCAGUACCAACCUCAAAGUCCCCCACAAACAGACCCUCACACGGUCGGAGUGGUGGGACAACGGCGCCCUGCCGCUCUGGAUCACAGCCCAGAACCAGGGUCUGAAAACAGCUUCGUUCUUCUACCCGGGUGGUGGCGCCAAAUACGGUGGACAGGCAGUUAACAGAGUGUUAGUAGAGGAGCCCGGUCACCCCGACGACAAUGAGACCGAGUGGCGUCAGAACAUAGACACGGUGAUGAGCUGGUUCUCAGAGGAAGACUUCCAUCUGGUGACUUUGUACUACGGAGAACCAGACAACGUGGGCCACGCCAAGGGCCCAGACCACCAGGACAGGAAAACCAUCAUCCAGCAGAUCGACCGCACCAUCGGUUACCUGAGGGAGGCCAUCAGCCGCCAUCACCUGAACAACAGCCUGAAUGUCAUCAUCACCUCUGACCAUGGCAUGACUACAGUGAAGAAGUGGCCACAAGUAGACGAGAUCAUCAUCAAUAAGUAUUUGAACUUACUUAAGCUCACCAGCUUCGAGAUCUUUGACUAUGGUGGGUUUGGCAUCUUGACGCCGCGACCAGACAGGGAGCAGGAAGUGUUUGCAGCGCUGUCCAAUGCACCCAACAUGACGGUCUACAAGAAAGACCAACUGCCAAAAAGUUUUCACAUGGCCAAAACUGACCGGAUGCCUCCUAUCAUGGUUUUUGCAGAUCUGGGCUUCAACCUGAACUCUAGAUUCAUUGUCUACAUUAACAAAGGUGACCAUGGCUACCACAACGGAGAGAUGGACAUGAAGUUCUUCUUCAGGGCUUUUGGACCAGACUUCAAGACGAACUACCUGUCCAAGCCUUUUGACAGCAUCCACAUUUAUCCUCUGAUGUGUGAACUGCUGCAGGUCGAGCCGGCACCGCACAACGGGUCGCUGACUGUGACCCAGAACAUGCUGCGCAGCGGGGGAUCAUCAAUGAUUCAACGCUCUGUCACUCUGCUGCUGUCCACGCUUCUCUACGCCUUACAUGUCCUGUAACUGACCAGUCCAGCUCCCCAGAUCCACGAUGAGGUCUACCCAAUGAGCCCAGCUCCCCAGAUCCACAAUGAGGUCUACCCAAUGAGCCCAGCUCCCCAGAUCCACAAUGAGGUCUACCCAAUGAGCCCAGCUCCCCAGAUCCACGAUGAGGUCUACCCAAUGAGCCCAGCUCCCCAGAUCCACAAUGAGGUCUACCCAAUGAGCCCAGCUCCCCAGAUCCACGAUCAGGUCUACCCAAUGAGCCCAGACUGAAACAUCUGGUUUUGGCUUUAUGACAUUUACUCUUAUAUUUAUAUGGAAAACUAAAAUAUGAUCUUAUCUGUGUUUUUACUUGAGAAUUUUGGAGUCUUUUUAAGCGGUAAAAACAUUUAUGUUCAUAUUUAUGAAGUAAAUGAAUUUGGGUCUCAUGAUAAUUUUUUAAAAUACACAAAUUUCAAAGAGUUUUUUAAAAGACAGUGAUCUUGUUCGUUAGCAUGAUAACUCAAAGGGUGAAUGGGUUUCAGUGAAAUUCAGUGAGAAGAUCCUUAACGUUCCAGGAACUAGGUGAUUCAGCUUUGGAGGUGAUUGGAUUCUACUCUGGACCUGAGACCCAGAGAAUGUUUGCACAUAUGGCAACGCUUAACUCAAAUGUGUGAAAGAGGAUGUUGAUGAUUUGGUGAGCAGUGAAAGUGUCGCAGAAAAUGAGGUGUUUUAUUUGAAGUUGAUUCUGAACACAUUUUAGAUCCAGGAUCCAGAAGCAGUUCUGAGUAAUAUGUGGCCUUGGUGGAGGUAUGCACUUGCUGACUGCCUUCAUGUUUUUAAUGCGGGACUUUAAUCUGUGAAAUUAAAACUGUGCAUAGUCUUUUUUAGAAGUAUUUUUGGCAGUGUAUAACAAAUCUACAUCAUUCCUGGUAUCAUGGACUCUGUCCUGGUGGAUUCUUACUGACUCGGCACAAGAAAUGGUUCCUUUCUUUCCAAC